GAGAUAUUAACAUUUGCACGGUGUCAAUUGGGGAAGUAAAAUUUUGGAAGGACAUCAAUGAAAAGCAACUACAUGUCAAUUGUCACGUAUCAAAUUUACUACAGAAACAGACAAAAUAUAUCUUUGAAAGUCACUGAAUCGGUGAUACAAAGAAAUUAACGUUGGUAUUAAAAUAUUAAAUAUUGUCUAGUUACUAGUUUUUUCUCUCGUGCAAGUAGUCCUACUUGUUGAUAUUAUAGUGGUGAAAAUCGUCUGACUUUGCAUGUUAGAUCAAGCAAAAUAACUAUAUGUACACAAAUUGACUUCUGUUUCAUUAUGGAGGUUGUGAAAACCUUCCUUACAGGAAAUAAUCUGACUAUACCAAAGCUGGUGCUGGCUGCCGCAGCAGCAUAUGUUAUCUAUUGGUUUGUAAAAUUUGUGCUAUAUAUACAUGAGUUGAACAGAGUAUUUAAGGAUGUGCCAGGACCUAAGAAACAUUGGUUGUAUGGGAAUCUUCAUUUGAUUCAAGGGUUAGACAGUCAUGAUCAAUUGAAGUUAGAUCUAGAUUCCUGCAACAAUUUCAUUCGGUACUAUGUCUGGUGGACAUCAUUCGCUCAGGUACAUAUCACGGGAUGUCACCCAGAUAUUGCCAAAAUGUUCGGCAAAACCGCAGAGCCUAAGCCUAUUGGCUUUAUGGGGAUAUACAGAUUAGGGUUGCCAUGGUUAGGGGAAGGAUUGCUGAUAGCAGGUGGUAAGAAAUGGGCGCGGGCCCGCAGACUUCUAACCCCAGCUUUCCAUUUUGACAUUCUGAAGCCUUACAUGUCAGUGUACAAUGAUGCUGCAAAUACACUUCUGGGGAACUUGCAGAGAUAUGCUGAGAGUAAGGAGAAGUUUGAAGUAUUUGACUACAUCAGUAGAGCAACACUCGAUGUUAUAAUGAGGUGUGCUUUCUCUUACCAUACAGACUGUCAGAAAGAUGAAGGAGUUAGACAUCCAUAUGUGAAAGCUGUAGAGGAGAUUGCAGAUGCCUGGAAUUACCGUGCACGGAAACCGUGGCUGUAUCCUGACUGGAUUUACUAUAUAACAAGUAGAGGGAAACAGUUCAAGAAGAAUUGUGACUAUGUACAUGCUGUAGCUGAAGAUGUUAUCAAACAAAGGAAAGAAAAAUUGGAAAAAAGUGACAAUUCCGACAGAAAAUACCUAGAUUUUUUGGACAUACUCCUUACUGCCAAAGAUGAAAAUGGUCAGGGCCUGACACCCCUUGAAAUCAGAAAUGAAGUGGAUACGUUUAUGUUUGAAGGUCAUGAUACAACGGCAAGUGCUAUUUCAUGGAUUUUAUAUUCUCUUGCCAAAUACCCAGAGUAUCAGAGAAAAUGUCAGGAAGAAAUUGAUGACCUAUUACAGGGCCGGGACACAGAUGAUAUAGAAUGGUCAGAUAUACCAAAACUAGAGUAUCUAACAAUGUGUAUAAAGGAAGGAAUGAGGGAUCACAGUCCUGUCCCUUUUAUUCAGCGGGAGUUUACCCAUGAUUUCGAAAUUGAUGGAAAAACUUUCCCAGCUGGUACCACAGUAUCUUUACACAUAUUUGGUCUCCAUCAUAACAAGAAUGUUUGGGAGAACCCCAUGGAGUUUAUACCUGAGAGGUUCUCCAAGGAGAAUGUAGCCAAGAUGGACACAUUUCAGUUUGUGCCUUUUUCUGCUGGACCAAGGAAUUGCAUUGGCCAGCAUUUUGCUAUGAAUGAAGAGAAAGUUAUCAUCAGUAAAUUGUUAAGAAGAUAUUGGUUUGAGCUUGAUGAAACCCACGAGGUACGACGGAAGGUUGGGGCAGUGAUGCGAGCAGAAAACGGCAUGUACAUGUAUGUUACGCCAAGGGAUGUGUGAAGAAAUAUGCACAGUGCCAAUAAACAAAUUCUGUGAUAGCUUUAGCAUUAAACUUUUUAAGUUGAUUUGAAAAAUUUAUAUACAGUUGAAACUCGGUAUCUUGAAUUCCAAGUGAUCAAGCAUUUUACUUCGAGAUAACUGAAAUUUGACUUAAAUGAUUUUUUUUUUGCGUUUUGGGAACGGGACUUGAAAAUAUUUUUGAGGUAACCAGAAGUUUAAGAUAAGCGGGUAUAAGAUAUCAAGUUUUAAUUAGCUGUAUAUUGGAAAUACAUGUAGAAAGCAUAUUUCUAGGUUUAAUGAAAAAUAAAAGUAGCAUCUGUUUAACUGUGAUGCAACUAUGUAUUAAGUAUGUAUAAGUGACCUUUUAACAUAGGUUUAAAACACAGAAAAAAAUCACCUGUUUCUCGAGGUAGCUUAUAUAUUUGGAAUUCACAUAUGAUUUUGUAAAUUUCCUAAAUAAAACAGAGAAAGCCCUAUUUGAGAGUACUGUGAAACUUGAUAACAUAUCCUAGUCAAUAUGUUUGUUAUUUAGAGUAACAAAAAUGGAGACUUUAUUUUGCACAGUUUUGCUGUGUUUGAAACGACAGUUCAUAUUUCAAAUGAAAUUUGAAAAGUAAUAAUCCAUCGCAUAUAACAAACACUGCAUUGCUGGAAUAUGUAAAAGCAUUCUAUUAUAUUAAAAAGGUUAAAUAUUGGCUAAAAUUGAUACCGGAUCACAGCACUGUUUUUAGCAAACCAAAAGUGGAAUUACCAAGAUGUCGGAAUCAAGUUUUCCAAAUGUCAAAACAUACAAAUGGUAUGAUAUGAAAAUUAACUGAAGUAUCAGUAAUUUUACGUAGUUUUGUCAAGACUUUAUAUAAGAUUUAUAAGUAAUUUUUAGCUCACCUGAGCAAUGCUCAGGUGAGUUUUUCUGAUCGCUCGAUGUCCGGCGUCCGUCGUCCGUCGUCUGUCGUCUGUCAACAUUUAGCUUGUGUAUGCUAUAGAGGCUGUAUUUUUCAAUUAAUCUUCAUGAAUAUUGGUCAGGAUGAUAACCUUGAUGAAAUCUAGGCCGAGUUCGAAAAUGGGUCAUCUCGGGUCAAAAACUAGGUCACUAGGUCAAAUCAAAGAAAAACCUUGUGUAUGCGAUAGAGGCUGUAUUUUUCAAUUGAUCUUCAUGAAUAUUGGUCAGAAUGAUAACCUUGAUGAAAUCUAGGCCGAGUUCGAAAAUGGGUCAUCUCGGGUCAAAAACUAGGUCACUAGGUCAAAUCAAAGAAAAACCUUGUGCAUGCGAUAGAGGCGGUAUUUUUCAAUUGAUCUUCAUGAAUUUUGGUCAGAAUGAUUACCUUGAUCAAAUCUAGGCCGAGUUCGAAAAUGGGUCAUCUGGAAUCAAAAACUAGGUCACUAGGUCAAGUCAAGGAAAAACCUUGUGUAUGCGAUAGAGGCUGUAUUUGUCAAUUGAUCUUCAUGAAUUUUGGUCAGAAUGAUUACCUUGAUGAAAAUUAGACCAAGUUCGAAAAUGGGUCAUCUGGGGUCAAAAACUAGGUCACUAGGUCAAAUCAAAGAAAAACCUUGUGUAUGCAAUAGAGACUGUAUUUUUCAACUGAUCUUCAUGAAAUUUAGCCAGAAUGAUUACCUUGAUAAAAUCUAGGCCGAGUUCGAAAAUGGGUCAUCUGGGGUCAAAAACUAGGUCACUAGGUCAAAUCGAAGAAAAACCUUGUGUAUGCAAUAGAGGAUGUAUUUUUCAAUUGAUCUUCAUGAAAUUUGGUCAGAGUGAUUGCCUUGAUGAAAUCUAGGUCGAGUUUGAAUAUGGGUUAUCUGAGGUCAAAAACUAGGUCACUAGGUCAAAUUAAAGAAAAAUCUUGUGUAUGCAAUAGAGACUGUUUUUUUCAAUUGAUUUUUAUGAAAUUUGGUCAGGAUGAUUGCCUUAAUGAAAUCUAGGUCGAAUUUGAAUAUGGGUCAUCUGAGGUCAAAAACUAGGUCACUUGGUCAAAUCAAAGAAAAAACUUGUGUAUGUGAUAGGGGCUGUAUUUUUCAAUUGAUCUUCAUGAAUUUUGGUCAGAAUGAUUGCCUUCAUAAAAUCUAGGUCGAGUUUGAACAUGGGUCAUCUAGGGUCAAAAACUAGGUCAUAUCUAAGUAAAUGCUUGUUUUAUCGCAAGAGACCAAUUUUUUGGUCCAAUCUUAAUGAAAAUUGGUCAGAAUAUUUGUUUCCAUGAAAUCACUAGGUCAAACAUGUUUUACACUGUUAUGGUGUGUUUCUUAGGUGAGCGACCUAGGGCCAUCUUGGCCCUCUUGUUGUAUAUUUAGGUCUUGUCUGUCGCUAUUUUGAGACCAAGUUUAUGGACAUAUAUUUUAUUUAAAACUUAUGCUUGCACAAUUUGACAAACAAGGACUAAUUUCUUAUGAAAGCAGCAUAUGCAUCAGAUAAGUGAUAUCCAGUUUUUAUGCCCCCACCAUAAAAUGGGGGGAGGGGCGGGGGGCCAUAUAGUGUUACCCCUGUCCGUAUGUGUGUGUGUUCGGGAAAGGGUGGUGUUUGUGUCCGGGCCAUCUGAUCUUCACCAAACUUUGUGACAAUGUUUAUGGGCAUAUCUCGGCCAGGUUCGAUAACCAGCAAAAUCCCCCAAGGCACUCUUGAGUUAUGGCCCUUGAAUUACUUGAAAAUCUGCAUAUUUAGCCUUGUCCGCCCUCUUAAGUUAAACAGUUUUCAUCCGAUCUUCACCAAACUUGCAGAUAAUGUUUGUCGGCAUAAUAUCAAGUUCAGUAACCAGCCAAAUUGCCGCGGGCACUCCUGAAUUAUGGCCCAUGAAUUACUCGAAAUCUGCAAAUUUAGCCUUGUCUGCUCUCUUUAAGUCGAACAUUUUCAUCUGAUCUUCACCAGACUUGCUGACAAUGUUUGUGGGAAAAGUAUCUUGGCCAAGUUCGAUAAUCAGCCAAAUCGCCCAAGGCACUCUUGGAUUAUGGCCCUUGAAUUAGGCCAAAUUCAAUGACUGGCGUAUUUUGUGACAGUCUGCCUCUCCUGUUUUUGAUGAAUUUAUUAUGGAAAACAGAGAAAAUUGUUUGUUACCAGCCUUUCAUGUUCUUUAGAAUUAUUUUUACAUUUAGUUUUAUAAUCUACAAGUUGAUUGAAAAACUGUAUUACAAAAACUGUAUAAAAAAUCCCUUAAAUUUAUUCCAGGUUAAUGAUUCAAUGCAAAUCUGUUAAUUUACUUUUCUUUGUACGGUUUAAAUGUUCUGAUUAUAUAUUUUGCUACUAUUAAAAGGUUGAAACAUU